AUUGGCAAUUGCUUUCGUGGACAAACCUGUAAUGGAAGGCGAGUGGAAAAUAUUCUUUUAGACGAUUUUUUGGAGUGGCUGGUAUAUUUGUAUUGGUGGUGAUAGAUCAUAGUGAUUGAAGAAAAAACUAGCGAAAGCGACACGUUGCGAUGUCCGCAGCACAAUUCAAUGCCGAAUCAGACAUAGAAAAGUUAAAUAAUUAUCAAACUGUGUACUAUCUUUUGACCGAUAAAAGUGCUACAUCUAACAACGACCAGUUCGAGAAAAGUCCCCAACCUCAAACGAUAACACCAUCCGAUAGUGCUGCUGGUACAGUUGUGAUCAAACGCAGAAAAAUCGAACUAGUGCAAAAAAUGCAAGGUCAAGUUCCUGGCACACAGGCGGCACAGCCUCCGCUGCCGCAACAGCAAAUUCAAGUGCAGAACCAGCCUCAAACCGUGGUUAUCCAGCAGCAACCACAGGCCGUACAGGUCCAACAACAACAGCAAGUUGUGCAGAACAAUGCGAAAAUCGAUCAGGCCCAUCCGUUGUCUUCUGUCGGAUUACUAGAGCUAGCUCACCGUGAGUAUCAGGCCGUAGACUACGAAAAUGCUGAACGUCACUGUAUGCAACUUUGGCGUCAAGAAAGUAACAAUACUGGCGUCUUGUUACUUCUAUCGUCUAUUCACUUCCAGUGUCGUCGGUUGGAGAAGUCGGCUCAGUUUUCGACACUAGCAAUAAAACAAAACCCACUAUUGGCCGAAGCAUACAGCAACCUAGGUAAUGUAUACAAGGAGCGCGGUCAACUGCAGGAAGCCCUAGAAAACUACCGCCAUGCAGUACGUUUGAAGCCGGAUUUCAUCGAUGGCUACAUUAACCUGGCCGCCGCUUUAGUAGCUGCUCGUGAUAUGGAACAGGCGGUUCAAGCGUAUGUCACCGCACUGCAGUACAAUCCGGAUUUGUAUUGUGUGAGAAGCGAUUUGGGAAAUCUUCUGAAGGCAUUGGGACGACUGGAUGAAGCAAAGGCAUGCUAUCUUAAGGCUAUCGAAACCAGACCAGACUUUGCUGUAGCCUGGAGUAAUCUGGGAUGCGUUUUCAACGCUCAAGGCGAAAUCUGGCUCGCCAUUCAUCACUUCGAGAAAGCUGUAGCAUUGGAUCCGAACUUCCUGGAUGCCUACAUCAACCUGGGUAACGUGUUGAAGGAAGCGCGGAUCUUCGAUCGAGCUGUCGCAGCAUAUUUGCGUGCGCUCAACCUAUCGCCCUACAAUGCAGUCGUUCAUGGCAACUUGGCAUGCGUGUAUUACGAGCAGGGUCUCAUCGACAUGGCCAUCGAUACCUAUCGACGAGCCAUCGAGCUACAGCAGAACUUCCCCGAUGCUUACUGUAAUCUGGCAAACGCUCUUAAAGAGAAAGGGCAGGUUCAAGAAGCAGAGGAUUGUUACAACACGGCUCUCCGGCUGUGUCCCAAUCAUGCCGAUUCGCUCAACAAUUUGGCAAAUAUCAAGCGAGAACAGGGUUACAUCGAGGAGGCCACCCGGUUGUACUUGAAGGCGUUGGAAGUUUUUCCCGAGUUUGCAGCGGCUCACUCGAACCUGGCAUCGGUGCUGCAGCAGCAGGGAAAGCUAAAUGAGGCUCUAUUGCACUAUAAGGAAGCCAUUCGUAUUCAGCCGACGUUUGCCGAUGCAUAUUCCAAUAUGGGAAACACUUUGAAGGAGAUGCAAGAUGUGGAUGGUGCACUGCAGUGCUACACACGAGCUAUUCAGAUUAAUCCAGCGUUUGCCGAUGCACAUAGUAAUUUGGCCAGCAUACACAAAGAUUCUGGCAAUAUUCCGAAUGCAAUUCAAUCGUACCGGACGGCAUUAAAGUUGAAACCUGAUUUCCCAGACGCAUACUGCAAUCUGGCACAUUGUCUACAAAUUGUUUGCGAUUGGACAGACUAUGAAACUCGUAUGAAAAAACUAGUUGCUAUUGUGGCAGACCAGUUGGAGAAGAAUCGAUUACCGUCGGUUCAUCCGCAUCAUUCGAUGCUGUAUCCGCUAUCGCAUGAUUUCCGCAAGGCGAUUGCCGCUCGACAUGCCAAUCUAUGCUUGGAGAAGAUAAAUAUCCUACACAAACCGCCAUAUAAAUUUCCGCGCGAGCUGAAUGGCCGCCUAAGGAUCGGGUACGUGAGCAGUGAUUUCGGAAAUCAUCCGACAUCGCAUUUGAUGCAAUCAAUUCCCGGAAUGCAUGAUCGUUCCCGAGUGGAAGUGUUUUGCUAUGCACUUAGCCCUGACGAUGGAACAACGUUCCGGAGCAAAAUAUCCCGGGAAAGUGAACAUUUUAUCGAAUUGUCGCAAAUUCCUUGCAACGGUAAAGCCGCUGAUCGGAUUCAAUCGGACGGUAUUCAUAUUCUGGUCAAUAUGAACGGUUACACUAAGGGUGCAAGGAAUGAAAUUUUCGCUCUGAAACCAGCACCUAUUCAAGUUAUGUGGCUGGGCUACCCUGGAACUAGCGGGGCUAGCUUCAUGGAUUACAUCGUGACGGAUACGGUUACGUCCCCUAUGGAACUUGCCGAUCAAUACAGCGAAAAACUCGCUUACAUGCCCCAUACCUAUUUCAUUGGUGAUCAUCGUCAAAUGUUUCCACAUUUGAAAGAACGUUUGAUUGUUAGCGCCAAACAACAGAAUAGUCAGCUGGUCGACAAUGUCGCAGUCAUCAAUGCUACGGACCUUUCUCCGCUCGUAGAAAACACCGAUGUUAAAACAGUCCGUGAAGUUGUAAUCACAAACAAACCGGUCGAAAUUCAACAUAAAAUUGUUGAACUUCCAACGACAACUCCGGUUGAAACAAUGAUUGCUUCUGGUCAGAUUCAAACCUCGCUGAAUGGGGUGGUGGUACAGAAUGGCUUGGCUACUACACAAACCAACAAUAAGGCAGCUACUGGAGAAGAAGUUCCGCAGAAUAUCGUCGUUACAACAAGACAGCAGUACGGUCUUCCAGACGAUGCGGUCGUUUACUGCAACUUCAAUCAACUGUACAAAAUCGAUCCGCAUACUUUGGCUUCAUGGGUAAACAUACUGAAGAAUGUGCCAAACGCAGUGCUUUGGCUGCUGCGAUUCCCUGCAGUCGGUGAAACCAACAUUCAGGCGGCUGCCCAACAACUUGGCAUAUCGCCUGGAAGAAUUAUCUUCUCCAAUGUUGCCGCCAAAGAGGAACACGUUCGUCGUGGUCAAUUGGCGGACGUUUGUCUGGAUACACCACUCUGUAAUGGACACACCACUUCGAUGGAUGUACUGUGGACGGGAACACCGGUGGUUACACUGCCCGCAGAGACGCUAGCAUCAAGAGUGGCAGCAUCACAACUUGCCGCACUAGGUUGUCCGGAGCUGAUCGCUCGAACCCGACAGGAGUAUCAGGACAUCGCCAUCAAACUAGGUACCGACAAAGAGUAUCUGAGAGCAAUUCGUGCUAAAGUGUGGGUGGCCCGCUGCGAGAGUCCACUUUUCGAUUGCAAGCAGUACGCUCAAGGAUUGGAAAUGUUGUUCUAUAAGAUGUGGGAACGGUUUGCACGAGGGGAACGACCCGAUCACAUAUCGGCCAAAGAAACAUCCAAGUGAGCUCCGAUGGUGUGUUAAAAUUUUCACGAACAACACACACACACACACACGUUGCUGAUCGUUGGGAAGUAAACCGACGUUAAUGUGAUUUAUAUUUUAGGGAUCACACAUUCUGUUUUUACUGAAUGAAGUUGUUUUUUUCGGGAUGAUAGAUAGAUUCUAAGAUAGCAAUUUUGAUUUUUAACUUAUGUUUUCAAAAUUGACAUAGAGAUAAUUCUUUAAAUUAUAGUAACUAUAAUUUAAACUACAAUGAGUUGUUGAGGAAUUGUAUAAAGUAUACUAAUUAAAUGGACAUGAAUUUUAAUACUCUUUUGAUAGCAUGGAAACAGAGUUUGAGUUUGAAGUGUGUCUGAUUUGUUUUCUCUAUUUGUAUAUUGCACGUAAUACAAUUUUUCCUGUUUCUUUUCACAAUUUGUUGUUGCACAUUAAGUUACUGUAACUAAAAAAUUGAACUGAUUGAAUUCAAAUGUAACAGUGAUAAACUAAUUUAAAAUAAAUACAAUAGUCGAUUCGACAUUGUAACGAAUGCAAAAAAAAAGUAUAUUACAA